CAGGAUCAGGAGCACUUUAAAGAGAGCUGUCCAGCAGAGCAGCCCUCAUGGCCUUCUGGGAGUUUAUCUGUAUCACCACCCUGUGAGCUCGGGUUCACCACACCCUUCCCACAUAACACCACAUCAAAGAAAAUACUUGUGAGCAAGGCGGGUGCAGUAAUAAAUCACCAUGAAGAACACAGACCUGAACAGGACCAUGACCACAGGACAGCAACUACAGACGAAACUUUAAGACAGCCGGAUCCUGAACAUAGCGGCUCCCACAAACAGCCUCAGGAAAAGCUGUCUGCGGGUCCUAAAAAAAAACAGGAGCCUAGCAGACUCAAAAAGAGCUACGACUGUCUGACUUGUGGAAGAGUGUUCUCUCACAACACUGCUCUGCAGCGACACCUUGUGAUUCACUCAGGGAAAAGACCUUUCAAGUGCUUCAUAUGUGGAAGAGGAUUCACCCAGAGUGGAAACCUCAAAACACACAUGAAAGUACACAGAGGAGAGUUACCAACUUGGACAUUAGUGCAAGAGAAGAGUGUCCCUAAAGAAUCUGCUGUAACAGUUCAUGUGUGUGGAGAGUGUGGCAUGGACUUCCCUCAGAAACAGCAGCUGGAGGAACACCGCCAGAGUCACAGAAAGCCUUACGCAUGUCCUGACUGUGGCAAGACAUUCAAAAAUGAAUAUUAUUUUAAAAUACAUAAGCGUGUUCACUCAGGAGAUUCACCUUUUAUCUGUUCAGAGUGCGGAAAGAGUUGUGUCACAGCAGAUUCACUUAAAAAACACGAGUUGACGCACACUGGAGAAAAGAAUUUCCACUGUGAUCAGUGUGGGAAGGCAUUUUCGCAAUCCUCCCACCUCAGUGUGCACCUCAAGACUCACACCGGAGAGCGGCCUCACCUCUGCUCAAUCUGUGGCAAAAGGUAUUCUAAAGCAAGUGAUCUGAAAGUUCAUCUUCGAGUUCACACUGGAGAGAAACCGUAUACUUGCGAGAAGUGUGGCAAGUGCUUCUAUUACUCUCAAGGCUAUCGAACGCAUCUGAAGAUUCACGAAAAGAAGCCAAAGGCUCCCACAAAACCAUUGGGGAGACCAAAACAACAGCCAUUAGUGGUUGAAAAAAAAAAAGGGGAAAAAGUAUUACAUUUUGCCAAUCUAUCACUUGUGUAAUAAAAUAUCUUUCAAAUGGCUGAAGUGAUUUGCCAAGCAAUAUGAUAUACUGGUAAACUCCAUUACCUAUAUUGGACUAAAGUAUUUAAGAGAAUAAAUCAUGAUAUUCUGAAUUGUUCGUUGUUUUGUGUUUAGUUUUUUUGUGAUUCACCUAAACUUGACCCUUUGACCAGAGUUUUAUCCAAUAAUUUCACUCCACAGAUCACAAUAUAAAUCGGUGCGUUACAAAUGAAAAGGUUUUUACUGCAUUCUUUGAAAAAAAAUAACUAAAUAAAAGCCUGUACUUAAAAAUAUAUUGUAUAAGUGGCAUCUAAUUACUUUAUGUAUGCUUGUUAUUUUAGUCAGAACCUUUUAUUUAUACAUAGUACAUACAU